AUGGACCUUGAAAAAGGCGCACUCGGUGGACUUGCAACAUCUCUGAAGGCUGAACUUGAGCCACAGCAUGCCGACCUCCUACUUUUCGCUUGUUGUUUAAUAUCGGGACUUAUGGAUAGCACAAUAUACAGAGCCUACAACACCUUUGUCUCUAUGCAAACAGGAAACACCAUCUUCGUCGGACUAGGUACAUCGCACCAAAACCUCCGUCGAUAUGGCUGGGCACGUUCCCUCACGUCCAUCGGAUGUUUCACCCUAGGAUCCUUCCUUUUUGCACGAUUACACCGCGUCCUGGGAGCUCGGCGACGAGGGUCGUUGAUGCUGUCUUUCCUGUUACAGGCCAGUAUAAUCCUGCUAACGGCUGGACUCGUCCAAGGGGGUGUCAUAUCUGGUACGCUAGUCGGCAAAGGAUCGCAGAAGGCACCCCCAUGGGAUCAGAUAGUCCCGAUUGUUCUUCUUAGUCUCCAGUCUGCCGGUCAGAUUGUAGCGAGUCGUGCUUUGGGAUUUAAUGAGAUCCCGACCGUUGUGAUUACCAGUCUUCUCUGCGAUCUAAUGUCGGAUCCUCAGCUAUUUCUUGUGAGGAAUGUCAAACGCGACCGGCGAAUCGUCGCUUUUGUGCUAACGCUUGUGGGCGCCAUCGUCGGCGGAUGGGUCACCAAGGUCACUGAGGGGAUUUCUCCCAUUCUCUGGCUAUCGGCAGGUAUCAAGGGCGUGCUCGUCUUAGCCUGGGCCUUUUGGAAGGCUAAGUAG